AUGUAUGAAGUAAAAACCAGAAAUGAAAUAAUUAGAACAAUGCAUAAACAAACAAAAAUCAAAUGUGAGAAGGUUGUUCAACAGGCUACUAACAAAUGUUUUAUUUCUACAAUUCAAAGAUAUGUAUCUGAUGCUGAGUAUGUAGCCUUUGAAUUCUGUACAAAAAGAAUAUCAGCAUUUGGCAUUGAUCAUGAAAUUCUUAAUGAGGUCCAUAAAUUUUCUUAUCUUAUUCAAAAAAUAGUCAUUGAUGAAAUUUUUGCUAUAGCAAAAAGAUUAAAAAAAG